AUGGAGGCACAAGAAGGCCGUAAAAGUGGUCCUAGAAAGUCAAAAUUCACAAUGGAUACACCAUCAGAAAGACCAAAAAAGAAGGCCAGAAGGCGGUUAGAAGCUGAAAAACACCGAGAAUCAUCCGAUGUCUACGUGGAAGAAUCGCAGAGAGCAAAGAAGAUGGAUUUUCAAAAAAUCACUGGUAUUCAGCGAAUCUACGGAGACGUCGAAUACAAAAAUGGUUCUGAAAAUGCGGAAGUCGACGCGGCGAUUGCGAAAAUUAAAGAGAUUUAUGUUCCGAUUCGACAGGAAUUCAAUAAAAUGGUCGAAGAAGACAGAAAAGAGAAAUUGAGGCCAUGGCAGGCCAAAGCAGAUGAAGCAUAUGAUCCUCGAUUGAGAAAUUUGGGCAUUCGUAUGCGAAAUUUACAAGUAGCCGAGUGGGAAGAGACGCCGGAUGGAUGGAUUCCCGGGUUUGGAGAGACGAUUGUUAGGGAUUUUGUUGGUGGGGCAAAGCCAUAUUCUUCCUCUUCCGAUGAUCGUGACAACCGACCAAACGUCAAAAGAACCGUAAAUGUUCUAAAACUACCAACAGGCGACAUCUAUCCACCGAUGGUUCAUUGGAUUCCAAUCGAGACGAGUAUUCCAAUGGCGGAUCAAUUGAGACUAACACAUAUGCCUUAUUUUCCGAAUGCAUCGGAUGAUAAUGAUAUGUAUGAGAAGCUGAUCGAUCACUUUCCCGAUGGAAUUUCUGGCUUUGCUUUUGCAAGUGGACCGGUCCGGGCAGGUGGCGGGCCGGCUGAUAAAUUGUCUCUAAAACGAGGUAUUCAGACGGUUUUGGCACCAAAUGAUAGAUCUCGACAGGGCUCAUCACGUCUAUAUCAUUCGAGCCGGAUUCCGGUCCGAAAAAUGUGUUUGAAUGACAAAAAAUCUGCAUUUUGUCAAAUUGGUCGAAAAUUGUCAUUCAAUCCCAGGUUGCGGCAUGUGAUCAGACCGGAAUCCGACUCAAAUGGUAUAGGCUGGGCCCUGUCGAGAUGUAUCAUUUGCCAAUUGGUCGUAUAUCAACAACUAUUUGGUAUACAAAGUGAUGCGAAAAGCUCUCGAAUCAUACACUGGACCACCGGAUAUCCUCUACUAUGCACUCUAAAAAUCUGGCCGAAUAAAUUUUCGCAAAGAGAAUUUUCGACAGUUUUCCCGAAGCUAUGUGAAUUGUUUUCGGAAAACGAAUCGGAUUGGGAGGCAUUGGAACCAUGGAAAAGCGAUGAAUUUAUGAAUGGAAUCGCUGAUAAUCUUGAUAAUCUCCAAUGCUACUCGUGUCUGACAUUCGCUUGCGGCAAUCACGGAUUCCGUUGCCAACUGCCUCCAGAACAUCCCAAUGGAGACGUCUCCCUCGUCCAUCUACCACUUCCCACCGACCAAGCUCCUCCAGGCGAAAAAUGCUCUGACAAGUGCUGGAGAACGCUGAAAAAAGAGAAAAUCCAUAAAAUUUUGACACCGAGCGCCGAAGAGAUUAGCGAGGGACAAGCCAAGAUUUGGCUGUGCAAAGAGAGUAUCGGAAAAAUGAGCAUUGAGAAUGGAGCGAUGAUUGCGGCCAUGUUUUUGCUGGAUCAAUCGGAUACAUUCUGUGAUUUCGUCAAAAGCUACGUUCGAGAGGGAAGCGAGCCGCGAUUCAAGACGUGUCGUGAUAUCUAUGAACUGAUUGCGAGCUUGGCCGAAAAUUUUAGCGAUCGACAGAUUCUCAUUGGACAGGCUCCCAAGAUGUUACCGCACCAAGCCCGAGACAACGCUUUCCGUCGCCUAUUCGCUAAUAAAGAAAAGAAACUGUCCGAAUCGGAAACCCAAUCCAACCAAGACUCUGCCUCCAUCAACGGAACGGAUUCCGAAUCAACGAAUGGAAUGGAAGAUCGUAAACCAACGCGCCCAAUGAAAACGGGCAAAAAGAGUCUAUUCGAUACAACGCUCCCGUUCAAAGGAUGCCGUCACAAUGGACCAUGUGGACCGGAUGUUCUCGAAUGUUCCUGCCGAGAGAAUAUGACAUGUUCUGCGCAUUGUCAUUGUGAUAAGAACUGCAAACAGCGGUUCCCCGGAUGCGCAUGCCGUCCCGGUCAGUGCAAUCAGAAUAAGUGUCAAUGCUUCUUGGCUGGAUGGGAAUGUGAUCCAUUGACAUGUUUUAAUUGUAAAUGUGAUGAUAUAACGAAUCCGAAGAGUUGUAAGAAUAUUCCAAUGACAAAAAUGCUCCAAAAACGAAUGAUGUGCUGUCCGUCGGGCAUAGCUGGAAAUGGGUUAUUCCUGUUGGAAAGUGUUGAAAAAGACGAAUUCAUUACGGAGUACGUUGGCGAGAGGAUAUCCGAUGCGGAGGCUGAACGGAGAGGAGCGAUAUAUGAUAAGAUACAGUGCAGUUAUAUUUUUAGUGAGUUUUUAGAUAAAAACUUUUAUCUCUCAUCAGGCGGCGCAAUCGACUCGAACAAACUGGGAAAUUUGUCGCGUUUCGCAAAUUGUGCAUCGGAAAAGGAUGCGACACUGUACGCACGGACGAAGGUGAUCGGCGGUGAGCAUCGGAUAGGAUUCUAUGCGAAACACGCGAUGGAACCGAACACUGAGCUGACGUUUGAUUAUGGAUACUCGUUUGAUAACAAAGAAAAGAUGCGACGAGAGCGACGUGUGUCUCCCGUCGAACUGCCCAACGAACCCUCCUCCGAUGACGUCGCCAGCACAUCCACUAGCUCACCAAUGGAGUUAUCAGAACCGCUGAAACCGAUAACUUCGAAAUUUGGUCACUAUGAUCCGGAUAACGAUAAUCAUUUGUAUUUUUGA